UAACUCCUGCAUACACCACAUCGUCCUGCUCUUGGACACACUAAAAAAAAAAAAAAACAUACAUUUACAUAAUACAUGUAGUUAUCAAGAACAUAACUGACCAUUUAUUAGAACACAUACACGUAAACACACCUAGAUCAGAUUUAUUAGUCAUAUAAUACAUAUAUAUAUAUACACAGAAAUGAAAUUUCUUACCGACUUCUGUGCUUUUCUUUUGUAGAAUGUCAUAUCAGCAUAUGUGAUUUCUUCACCACUAUCAACUGUUUGACAGAUGUGUAAAAACAUAAAUCCUCAUAAAUAGAUAUAUAUUUGAGAGGUUCUGCAACUCUGUUUUCUUAUUUUAAUAUUAUAUUAAUAGUGUGAACUGUCUGAGUGGAGACCCAGGGCAUGCUCCCUUGUGAGGUUUAUUUCUUUUCUUUUUGUGUGUGUACAGUAGGUGGCCAUCCAAAACGUUGGUUCUACCGCCGCUCGUACCGCCGCCGGGCAAGCGUGUAUAUCUGCAGACUGCAAGGCGGGCGUAACUUGAAGUAGGCGUAACUUGAAGUAGGAGGCGUAACUUGAAGUUGUCCAAAUCACACAGAACCACGCGAGAUGUAGAAACGAGAUGUUGUUGGCAAGAUGGCAGCUCGUAAGGUGGCAACGCUUCAUCCAACGGUUUGUAGGGAAGGUACAUUGAAAACUCCAAUUUCUGAAGGUCCGAACUACAAAUGCCAGAUCUGCAGCAAAACAGGAGCGUAUGCAUAUGUUGUGGCACAUAUGCAAACCCAUGAGAAGACAGCUGUUAAACAUGGAGGAUAUAAAAUGUACAGAUGCCAUGGUGUAUGUUGCAGAAGCCAUCAUUAUCACUGCUGCUAUUGUGCGAGAAUUAUAACUCGGCAAAAUUUAUUUUUGAACCAUGUGCAGAAAUGUGGGUUAGCUGAAGCGUCAGCAGGUCCCUGUGUCUCUGCACCAUCCAGUGUCUGUGAACCAUCCAGCGUCUGUGAACCAUCCAGUGUCUGUGAACCAUCCAGCGUCUGUGCCCCAUCCAGCGUCUGUGAACCAUCCAGCGUCUGUGCCCCAUCCAGCGUCUGUGAACCAUCCAGUGUCUGCGAACCAUCCAGCGUCUGUGCCCCAUCCAGCGUCUGCGAACCAUCCAGCGUCUGCGAACCAUCCAGCGUCUGUGCCCCAUCCAGCGUCUGUGAACCAUCCAGCGUCUGUGAACCAUCCAGCGUCUGUGCCCCAUCCAGCGUCUGUGAACCAUCCAGCGUCUGCGAACCAUCCAGCGUCUGUGCCCCAUCCAGCGUCUGUGAACCAUCCAGCGUCUGUGCCCCAUCCAGCGUCUGUGAACCAUCCAGCGUCUGUGAACCAUCCAGCGUCUGUGAACCAUCCAGUGUCUGUGCCCCAUCCAGCGUCUGUGAACCAUCCAGCGUCUGUGCCCCAUCCAGCGUCUGUGAACCAUCCAGCGUCUGUGAACCAUCCAGCCUCUGUGAACCAUCCAGCGUCUGUGAACCAUCCAGCGUCUGCGAACCAUCCAGCGUCUGCGAACCAUCCAGCGUCUGCGAACCAUCCAGCGUCUGCGAACCAUCCAGCGUCUGUGCCCCAUCCAGCGUCUGUGAACCAUCCAGCGUCUGUGCCCCAUCCAGCGUCUGUGAACCAUCCAGCGUCUGUGAACCAUCCAGCGUCUGUGCCCCAUCCAGCGUCUGUGAACCAUCCAGCGUCUGUGAACCAUCCAGCGUCUGUGACCCAUCCAGCGUCUGUGCCCCAUCCAGCGUCUGUGCCCCAUCCAGCGUCUGUGAACCAUCCAGCGUCUGUGCCCCAUCCAGCGUCUGUGAACCAUCCAGCGUCUGUGCCCCAUCCAGCGUCUGUGAACCAUCCAGCGUCUGUGCCCCAUCGAGCGUCUGUGAACCAUCCAGCGUCUGUGAACCAUCCAGCGUCUGUGCCCCAUCCAGCGUCUGUGAACCAUCCAGUGUCUGUGAACCAUCCAGCGUCUGUGCCCCAUCCAGCGUCUGUGCCCCAUCCAGCGUCUGUGCCCCAUCCAGCGUCUGUGACCCAUCCAGCGUCUGUGCCCCAUCCAGCGUCUGUGAACCAUCCAGCGUCUGCGAACCAUCCAGCGUCUGUGCCCCAUCCAGCGUCUGUGCCCCAUCCAGCAUCUGUGAACCAUCCAGCGUCUGUGAACCAUCCAGCGUCUGUGCCCCAUCCAGCGUCUGUGAACCAUCCAGCGUCUGUGCCCCAUCCGGCGUCUGUGAACCAUCCGGCGUCUGUGAACCAUCCGGCGUCUGUGAACCAUCCGGCGUCUGUGAACCAUCCGGCGUCUGUGAACCAUCCGGCAUCUGUGCACCCUCCGGCAUCUCUGCACCCUCCGGCAUCUCUGCACCCUCCGGCAUCUCUGCACCCUCCGGCAUCUCUGCACCCUCCGGCAUCUCUGUACACUCCAGUGCAGCUUCUUAUCCAAAAGUCAUUACACUGUCUAACAGUGAUAACAAACCUACCUCAUCAACUCGAGCCCAAACCACCUGCUCGAGUAACCCAAUAAUAAUUAGGUCAAAGCCCCAAAAAACUACAUGCACAUUCUGCAAUUUAAUUGUUAAUAAAAAAACAUCAAGAUACACAUUCAAAGACGUCACUCAACAGCAGAUACAGAUGUAACGGCAAAUCACCAUCUACCAUCCCAAUGCAUAGACUGUAAUAAUGGCAUUUUUGCUGUCAGAAGAAGCUUUUCUGGAUUUGGAAACCCCAUACACGUACAGAAAUGCACCUGGGGAAGCAACCAUCAAGUGAGCUGUGAGCUACAGCAAUGCAAACAGGCUUCUGAAUUUUCCAGAAGAAGUGGCUUAAUGGGGUUUCAGUGCAUCCAUUUGAAGUCAUUAUCAUACUGCCCUAUUUCAUCCGAACCAGACAUCAUCCUUAAGGAAGAAGUUCUGUCAGAUAUGGUAAGGAAAAAGUGGAUUUCUGACAAAACAAAGAAAAAGUGUCUUUCAAGGUAGCAAAAAGCAGAGACUGAGAGCUACCCACUGAGUAAAGAGGUCUCAUUUGGCAAUGGAACAUCAAAAAUAUGUGUGUCAGUCCUGGAAACGUGCAUCUCAUAUUAUUCUCGGUUAGGGAGAGUAAUUGUUUGUUUUGACAAAAAAAGAAAUACUUGGCACUGCCCAUGCUCUAAGCCAAGGAAUUCAUGUCCUCAUAAGUCCAUUGCGAAAUGGCACUUGAACCAGACUCAUCCUGAGCUUUUUCUAAAAGUCAGAUGUACAGACAGUGAUGUGUUUGACACAUUUGCAGAAACUUGUCCUCCAGAUGUGCACAGUACUGAGGAAAGACUUCAAUAUCCACCUAAUGGAAACGCUUUGACGGCAAUUGUCCUUUACUUGCUGAACAACAAGAAAUUGCCAGCUGUUCUGCCAAAAGAUGUUUGUUCACCACAGAACAUGGAAACACUCCCCAAGCACCUCAUUCCACUGGAGACUUUUUGCACUGUAUGCCCAGGAAAGAUCCCUCUUUCGGAUCCAAUCUUAAUUACACAGAAAGCGAAAAUUGUCACGUUCACUGGCAUACUGGAAGAUGUGACCACAUACUGUAAAAGGUGUGGGUUGUGUGGACAUUUUUACCGAUACCAGGAAUGGGCAGAGGGGCUGCACAAUUUUGAUGACCACACAAUAUUAACACUGCAUCUUUGUCUGUUCUUGAGACAGUCUGUACAGAAUCACACUGCAGUUGGCAGGGCCUUGGACAUCUUAGAACAGACCAAC